GGGCGGGGAGAAGGAGCAGGCAGCGCCCCCCCUCCCCUGGAUCUCGCCAUUACCCAGGGGCUGCUGCAGCUGCUUUGUCUCCGAGAUCCGGCCGCUGGAGCCCGGGGCUGCACCUUUUGUCCUUGGGAAGACGAAGUCCGGGGGUGAGAGUCCCAAAGACUUCAGCUAACGGCCUGUCCUGCUGAGGAUGAACGGAGCAGCCGGCAGAAUAACAGAUUCCAACAUGACUGCCCCUAAAAAUCAAGACCAAUGGACACAAGAAGAUAUGCUCACCUUACUUGAAACAAUGAAGACCAUCCUGCCGACGCAAGAUAACGCAAAGUUCAAGACCACCGAGUCACAUCUUGAUUGGAACAAGCUGGCGUUCAAGAAUUACACGGGACCCAUGUGCCGCCAAAAGUGGAUGGAAAUUUCCAUGGAGGUCAGAAAGUUUCGGACACUUACAGAGUUGAUCUUGGACGCACAGGAACAUGUUAAAAACCCCUACAAAGGCAAGAAGCUGAAGAAACAUCCAGAAUUCCCAAAGAAGCCCCUCACCCCGUAUUUUCGCUUCUUUAUGGAGAAAAGGGCGAAAUAUGCCAAACUUCAUCCAGAGAUGAGCAACCUGGACCUAACAAAGAUCCUGUCCAAAAAGUACAAAGAGCUACCGGAGAAGAAAAAGUUGAAAUAUAUUCAGGAUUUCCAGAGGGAAAAACAAGAAUUUGAGAGGAACCUAGCCAGAUUCAGAGAGGAGCACCCAGACCUCAUGCAGGCCACCAAGAAGUCUGAUGUUCCAGAAAAGCCGAAGACCCCUCAGCAGUUGUGGUACAACCACGAAAGAAAGGUUUUCCUCAAACUGCGGCCUGAUGCCAGCACAAAGGACAUCAAGGAAGCUCUGGGCAAACAGUGGUCUCAACUUUCUGACAAGAAGCGUCUGAAGUGGAUCCACAAAGCUUUAGAACAACGGAAACAGUAUGAGGGCGUAAUGCGCGAGUACAUGCAGAAGCAUCCGGAACUGAACAUUCCAGAGGAGGGUAUCACCCGGUCCACACUCACCAAGGCAGAGCGUCAGCUGAAGGACAAGUUCGAUGGCCGGCCAACUAAACCGCCACCGAACAGUUACUCGAUGUACUGCGCCGAGCUAAUGGCCAACAUGAAAGAUGUCCCCAGCACCGAACGCAUGGUCCUCUGCAGCCAGCAGUGGAAAUUGCUUUCCCAGAAGGAGAAGGACGCGUAUCAUAAGAAAUGCGAGCAGAAAAAGAAAGAGUAUGAAGUCGAGUUGAUACGCUUCCUUGAGAGUCUUCCAGAAGAGGAGCAGCAAAGGGUCCUGUCUGAAGAAAAGAUGGUGGGUCUGAACAAGAAGGGAAUAGGCAGUCCAGCAUCAAAGUUGGCAGCCCAGGAAGCUGCAAAGCAGGGGAAAGGCAAAUCGGCGCAAGCAGAAAAGAAGAAAGCGGCCGAUGAGAGAGGAAAGCUCCCCGAGACCCCCAAAACAGCAGAAGAAAUAUGGCAGCAAAGCGUGAUUGGGGACUACCUAGCCCGGUUCAAGAACGAUCGAGCCAAAGCAUUGAAGGCUAUGGAAUCCACGUGGGCAAACAUGGAAAAGAAGGAGAAGAUCAUGUGGAUCAAGAAGGCAGCAGAAGACCAGAAGCGCUAUGAGAGAGAGUUAAGCGACAUGAGGUCUGUUCCGGCCACGACUACAGCUGGGAAGAAGCUUAAAUUCCUGGGAGAACCCAAGAAAGCCCCCAUGAACGGGUACCAAAAGUUUUCCCAGGAGCUUCUGUCAAAUGGAGAGUUGAAUCACCUUCCCCUUAAAGAGCGCAUGGUGGAGAUCGGCAGCCGAUGGCAGAGGAUCUCUCCUACCCAGAAGGAAUACUACAAAAAAAUGGCUGAGGAUCAGCAGAAGGCAUACCGCCUGCAGCUCGAUUCUUGGAUGAAGGGUUUAUCAUCUCAGGACCGUGCAGCGUAUAAGGAGCAGACAAACAAUAAGCGGAAGAGCACAACAAAAGCACAAGGUCCUCCCCCGAAAAGCAAGGUCGUCGUGUCCGAGGAUGAGGAUGACGACGACGAUGAUGAUGACGACGAUGAUGACGAUGAUGAUGACGACGAAGAUGACGAUAAGGAGGAAUCCUCUGAGGAAGGAGACUCCUCUGAAUCUAGCAGUGAAGAAGACAGUGAUGAAGGAGAAGAGAAUGAAGAGGAUGAUGAAGAAGAGGAAGAUGAUAAUGAAUCUGGCUCCAGCUCUUCUUCCUCCUCUUCGGGAGACUCUUCUGAUUCAGACUCCAACUGAACGCCAGCUCUAAAGGGUGGGGGGUGGGAAUAAUAGGCUAUGUCUGAUACCUUUUUAACCCUGUUUUUGGCUCUUAGGGUCUUAUAGGGUGGCUUGGAACUUGCCAUCGUAUAAGGAUGAUUUAUGGGGUUAAUCUAUGAAGUGGGUAAAGACACUGGGCCUUUGUGCUUCCCCACUACUGGUACAUCCUUUGCGUCCCAUGUUCUUCUAAUUUGUGGUCCUUCUGAAGUCCAUCUCCUUUUGUUAUCCUCUUUGUGUUAUCAUCAUAGUCCACCAGACCAUAUUGUUGUCGGGUUAUCCCAUAUUUUUUUACUCCUAAAGGCAUCCUAUGGCUAACUGUUUGGAGAGCCAUCUUUCAUUCAACCGCUCCUCAUCUUUCAUUCAACCGCUCCUCAUCUUUCAUUCUUCUGCUC